AUGCAAAUGAUUCCCAAUGACCCUUUUUCACUUUCCACUUCACUUGCUGCCUUUACUCAAGAACAAAACACAAACCCUAACCCUAAACCUAAUACUCCUCCUGUCCCCAAGAAGAAGCGAAAUCUCCCCGGAACACCAGAUCCAGAUGCCGAGGUUAUUGCUCUUUCGCCGAAGACACUCAUGGCGACAAACAGAUUCAUCUGUGAAAUAUGCAACAAAGGUUUCCAAAGAGAUCAAAAUCUUCAACUUCACAGAAGAGGUCACAACCUUCCAUGGAAGCUUAGACAGAGAUCAAACAAAGAUGUUAUCAAGAAGAAAGUUUACAUCUGUCCAGAGAAGAGUUGUGUGCACCAUGACCCUUCUAGAGCUCUUGGAGACCUCACUGGUAUAAAAAAGCACUUUAGUAGAAAGCACGGUGAGAAGAAGUGGAAAUGUGAAAAAUGUUCCAAGAAAUAUGCAGUCCAAUCUGAUUGGAAAGCUCACACGAAAACAUGUGGUACAAGAGAAUACAAAUGUGACUGUGGCACCCUCUUCUCAAGGAAGGAUAGUUUCAUAACACAUAGAGCUUUCUGUGAUGCAUUGGCAGAAGAGAGUGCAAGGAUAACUUCAGUUACGACAACGAAUCUAAAUUUCAAGAAUGAAGAAGGUGGUGGUUCAAUGAUGGGUUCACAUUCACAUUCACAACAUGGUUUAAACCAUGGAAAUGGAAUGCUUCAAAAUAUAGGAGGAAUUCCACAUCCACAAUUUGGUUCACAAGGAUUUCAUGUAGAUUUCAAUGGAAUUGGAAUCAACAACAACCACAAUAGUUCUUUGAUUAUGGAGCAACAACAAAGGCCAAGUUUAUCACUUUGGUUAAACCAAGGGAACCCACAUAAUCAGAUAACUGAAAUGGGACAAAGUUCAGGACUUUUUGGUUCAUCAGGUUUAUCUGAGAUAGUUCAAAUGGGAAAUGCUGAUAUGAAUAAUAAUACCUUGAUUGGUUCUUCAUCAUCAAUGUUGUCUAGUUAUGGUGUACCUGCUUCAAAUUCAACACCUGCAAAUCUUUCAUUAUCUUCACUUCCAAUAGGGAAAAGAGGAGAAAGUUCAACAAGUUCUGUUUAUAAUUCAGAUGGUCAAAAUAAGCAAUUAUCAAAGGCUGUUUCUGCUACACCAAUGUCAGCUACUGCUCUUCUGCUAAAAGCAGCUCAAAUAGGUUCAACUAGAAGCACUUCUAAUAAUAAUAUGAACAACAAUGGUUCUAUUUUUAGUGCUAGUUUUGGUGUAAUGACAUCACCUUCUUCUUCAAAUAGUAGUUUUGAUCAGUUUUUGAUGCAUGGACAAGAAAGUGAACAAGGGAAAAUGAAUCUCUUGCAUCAUGGUGGUUCAAAUUCUAUGGAUCAAGUUCAACAUAGUAAUUUGACAAGAGAUUUUCUUGGUGUGAGUGGAACAAGUGGUCCUCCUCAGUUUCUACCUCAAGAGCUAGCAAAAUUUGCUUCUUCCAUUCAAUUCACAGGAAACCAGUAA